AACCAAAAGAAAACAAAAAUUCGUCCCGCUGGUUUGUCGAUUUGACAGUUGCUCCGGUAACGUAUUAAAGGCAAUAAAAACUUGUUGGAUCAAUUGGUAUCUCAGACUGUAAAAAGAAAUAGUAUUAAAUCAGUCGACAAGCGAAAAAUGGGGCGCAAAGUUGUCGUGGCCGUUUGCUGCCUGAAUCAGUGGGCUUUAGAUUUCGACGGUAAUUUGUCGCGCAUCAUUGCCAGCAUCCAGGAAGCAAAAGUGCAAGGCGCUAGUUACCGCACCGGACCCGAGUUGGAAGUCACCGGAUAUAGCUGCGAAGAUCAUUUUUAUGAAGCCGAUACUCUUCUUCACAGCUGGGAGGUUUUGGCUGAACUAUUGGCCAGUCCGGUUUGCAAAAAUAUUCUAGUUGAUGUUGGCAUGCCAGUGAUGCACAAGAGUGUCACUUACAAUUGCAGAGUCUCUUUUUUCAAUGGGAAACUCUUGCUUAUUCGCCCCAAAUUGAGAUUAUGUGAUGAUGGCAACUACAGAGAGUCAAGAUGGUUUACAGCGUGGACCAAAGUUUUCCAAACAGAAGAUUACAUACUUCCAGAGUUUAUAAGAGAGCUUACAGGGCAGAAAUCAGUAGUUUUUGGUGAUGCAGUAUUGGAAACAUUAGAUACCACAAUAGGCUAUGAGAUUUGUGAGGAAUUGUGGAACCCCUACAGUACUCACAUUUCUCUUGGAUUGGACGGCAUUGAGUUUAUCGUCAACGGUUCGGGUUCCUACUUUGAGUUGCGCAAGGCCAACGUAGCGGUCGAUCUUGUUUUGGGGGCCACGAGAAAGUCCGGCGGUUGCUACUUAUUCUCGAAUUUAAGAGGCUGCGAUGGACAGCGUAUCAUGUUUAAUGGCGGGUCGUGUAUCGCACUUAACGGACAAACUAUCGCAAGAACUCGUCAAUUCUCAUUAGAAGAAGUGGAAGUUGCUGUUGCCACCGUCGACUUGGAUGACAUAAAAACUUACCGCAAUUUAGUCCGUUCUCGGAAUACUGCCGCUGCACAGAAUCCGUCCUAUCGCCGUAUCCCGGUCGAUUUCAGCCUUAGUGAGUCUUCCUGCUACGCAAUGAGAGCUUCAACUACCCCAUUCAAAUGGCAGUACCACAGUCCAGAAGAGGAGAUUGCUUACGGUCCAGCUGGCUGGCUCUGGGACUAUCUGAGACGGUCUGGUCAAGGUGGAUUUUUCUUGCCCCUAAGCGGAGGCGUCGAUUCAAGUUCCUCAGCAGUAUUAGUCUACUCCAUGUGUCGAAUGGUAGUAACGUCUGUGCAGAAUGGCGAUAGUCACGUCAUUGACGAUGUUCGGCGUAUCGUCGGCGAUCCUAGCUACAUCCCGGACGAUCCACGUGAAUUGUGCAAUCGAAUAUUCAUUACCUGUUAUAUGGGCAGUGCGAAUUCAUCGGCAGAAACACGGCAACGAGCCAAAGAUUUGUCUGAUCAGCUUGGCAGUUAUCAUCUGACGCUGGCCAUCGACGCUGUAGUAUCAGCCGCCCUCAACAUUUUCACCGUUGUCACGGGGUUGGUACCAAAGUUCAGGGUUGAUGGCGGUAGUCUGCGGGAGAAUCUAGCAUUGCAGAACGUCCAGGCGCGAAUGCGGAUGGUGUUGAGCUACUUGCUUGCUCAGCUAAUGCUGUGGGCUCGCGGAAGAUCUGGCGGUUUGUUGGUUCUCGGCUCUGCCAAUGUUGACGAAUCCCUGCGCGGUUACCUCACCAAGUACGAUUGCUCCAGCGCCGACGUCAACCCUAUCGGUGGCAUUUCAAAAGCGGAUUUGAAACGUUUCUUGGCAUACGCACGCCUCGAAUAUGGUUUUACGUCGUUGGAUGGUAUUCUAGCAGCUCCUCCGACUGCCGAAUUAGAACCUUUACAAGAAGGCCGCUUAGUGCAAACGGAUGAAGAAGACAUGGGUUUAACUUACAACGAGCUGGGCGACUUGGGUCGACUUCGCAAACAGGCCGCCUGUGGACCGUACACCACAUUCUGCCGGCUAAUUCAUAGCUGGAGAGGGGCGCAUACACCAGCUGAAAUCGCACACAAAGUCAAACAUUUUUACCGCUGUUACGCCAUUAACCGACAUAAGAUGACGGUGAUAACGCCUUCCGUUCACGCCGAAACCUACAGUCCUGAUGACAACCGAUUCGACCAUAGGCCGUUCCUGUAUAACGCAAAAUGGGGUUGGCAGUUUCGCGCUAUUGACGCUCAUUUGGAGCACGUCAACAAGAUGGUCGACACCGACGAUCGGAAACUCGAUAAUGCGCAUAUGCAAUCAGGUCGACGGAGCUCCGGCGUGGCCGUCUAAAGUUAAUUUAGUAAAAUAAAAAAAUAUGCCUUUAGAUUAGAUUGAGAGUUUCGCAUAACACAGGCUCAAUACAGCCGUCCACGUAUGUAAUUAAGAAAGGCCGUAAUAAUACCGUCAGACAAUACACACAGACACAUCA